AUGGGUGAUGCUAAUCAGGAUACCACGAGUCCGAAUAAACCGACUCUAGUUGUAGACAAGGAUAUAACGGACAAACUGACAAAUGUGAGCAUUGUCGAGAAAAAAAAGAGCACGAGAGGAAAAAAGAAUUCUGAAUCAUCAUCGAAAAACGAUCAACCAGAGGAGCAUAGGGUCGUUAAAGAUUUGUCUACAGCCAGCAUUGACGAUCUCCAAAGGGAUGUUCCGGUAUCGAGCCAACAGACAUUUGCUAUAGAUAAGGUCGGCUCUGACAAACCACGCAGUGCAAACGACAGUGUGGAGAAACAAAAAGUUGGAAAGAAGAAAAAUGCAAAACCGGUGGCUAGGAAUGAUCAACCAGGGCCAUCGGAGCCAAAACCGCGCUUCAAACAGCCGGAAGAGUUGUUGAAAAAUGUUACUCUUUGGGGAAACACCGCAAAGAACCAACUGAGAUCUGAAGCAGCCAAAGCUGCAAAAGCAGAAAAAGAAGGCAAACAUUAUGAGCCAUUUCCGGGUCCAGACUAUCUUGCUGACAUAUUUUCCUUUCCUUCAACUCUUUUCGCUUCGAAUAUCGACGCCGUAUCGAAACAUUUGCUUCUUUUUGAAGACAAUGACGAAAAAAUUAUGAAACGGAUGCUUGAGUGUGAGCCAAUGGUUGGAGGCGAUGAUUCGGCAACCAGUUUUUAUAACAUGUACAGCAAACAGUUCAAAGAUGAAUCAAAGAAUCUUACCGACAUGUUGGCAAAAAUUGACGUUUACAAUGAGAAUAUGACAAAAGCACACGUUUAUGGAAAAAUGGGUAUUUUUCACAUUGAAGCUGUGAAGCUGAUGAAGUUGCUGGAGGAUGCGAUUGCGCUCUCCAACACUUGCAUUCAUCAUUGUAUCACUGUGUGGCUUAUUGGACGCAUGCUCAUUUAUUACGGGGAAUGCAUUGCUUUCACUUUGGAUGAGGAUAUCGUUAAGAAGUUUAUUAAAAACCUCCGUUUUGAAAAUCGGCCUAAAAUGGAUGUGAACAAGAAAAAGCUCAUGGAACAACAAUGUAAUAAUUAUUGCUUUUUUGCUCUUGAAGUCCGCCGCGUCACUCAUGAAACGACAGAGCGCACUUGCGCGGUUGUGAGCACAUCAGUGCGUGAUGUUGGUAAAAAAUGA